UCAGAAACAUCGAGUCUUUCCUCUCUGUGCAUCAGCAGCUGCGUCGUCAUGGACUUGCCUCUCUCCACCACCAUCGACCGCCACCCACUCCCCCUCACCAAGCACUCCUUCAUCAUCUCCGCCGCCACCUCCGUCGAAGCGCCGUCGCUCCCAGAACGCCGGAUACACAUACCGACGACUCUCUCUAACCUUCUCCACCUCCACCUCGCGUCGAAGCCGGACGGCCGGACCGUUGACCGCCCAACCCCCACCGUCGACGACGCUCCGGCCUUCUCCCCGAAAGAAGACAUCUCCUCCCUCUUCCCGGAUAUCCACGGACGCGCCGACUGGUGUCGCCUCCUCAACCCCCUCCACCCCUGGCUCCGCCGUGAGAUCAUCAAAUACGGGGAGCUCGCGCAGGCCACCUACGACGGAUUCGACUUCAACCCCUUCUCCGAGUUCUGCGGCAGCUGCCUCUACGGCCGCCACCGGCUCCUCGAGAAGCUCGGCCUGUCGAGGAGCGGCUACGAGGUGUCCACGUACGUCUACGCCAUGUCCCACGUCGAUCUCCCCGCCUGGCUCGAGCGCUCAAUCCAUGCGGACGCAUGGAGCACGGAGUCCAACUGGAUGGGCUUCGUCGCCGUGAGCGACGACGAGGAGUCCCACCGCAUCGGCUGCCGCGACGUCGUCGUCGCCUGGCGAGGCACCAUCGCGCCGACCGAGUGGUUCGAGAACGUACAGGGCAAGCUCGAGCCGCUGGGGGACGGCCACAGCGCCGUCAAGGUCGAGCAUGGCUUCCUCGGUGUGUACACAUCAAAGAGCGAGAGGACGCGCUACAACAAGACCAGUGCGUCCGAGCAAGUCAUGGCUGAGAUCAAGAGGUUGGUAAAGCAUUACAGACGGCAGGGGGAAGAGGUCAGCCUAACCAUCACCGGCCACAGCCUGGGCGGCGCGUUAGUUCUGCUCAACGCCUACGAGGCAGCGUCCGCCAUGCCGGACCUUCCGGUCAGCGUCAUAUCCUUCGGCGCACCGCGCGUCGGCAACGCCGCAUUCGGCGAUAGGCUCAAGGAGAUGAACGUGAAGGUACUGAGGGUAGUGGUGAAGCAAGAUGUGGUGCCGAAGAUGCCCGGGAUCCUAUUCAACGAGGGGCUGAAGAGGCUGGAGAGCGUGACCGGAAAACUGGGGUGGGUGUACAGUCACGUCGGCCUCGAGCUCGGGCUCGACGUCCGGUCGUCGCCGUUCCUCAAGCGCGGAAUCGACGUCGCCGGAUUCCACAAUCUGGAGGCCUACCUGCACUUGGUCGAUGGAUUUCGCAGCUCGGACAAUGGGUUCAGGAGCAGCUUCAAGAGGGAUGUGGCGCUGGUAAACAAGGCCAGUGGGAUGCUGAGGGAUGAACUCAAGAUACCACCUUGCUGGUAUCAGGUAGCUAACAAGGGAAUGAUGUGCAAUGCUCAUGGGAGAUGGAUGAAACCUGCAAGAGAGCAGGAAGACAUCCCUUCACCUCAUGCACAAACACCUGAUCCAUGUCAAGCUUGAGCUUUGUAAUAGAGCUUGAGCUUGCUGGUAUCGGGUAGCUAACAAGGGAAUGAUGUGCAAUGCUCAUGGGAGAUGGAUGAAACCUGCAAGAGAGCAGGAAGACAUCCCUUCACCUCAUGCACAAACACCUGAUCCAUGUCAAGCUUGAGCUUUGUAAUGGAGCUUGAGCUUGCUGGUAUCGGGUAGCUAACAAGGGAAUGAUGUGCAAUGCUCAUGGGAGAUGGAUGAAACCUGCAAGAGAGCAGGAAGACAUCCCUUCACCUCAUGCACAAACACCUGAUCCAUGUCAAGCUUGAGCUUUGUAAUGGAGCCAAGCUUGCAUCAUUUAGCUGUACAUCAUAUUGUUCAUCAAUCAGAUCAAAUAGCAAGCAAUAACACAGGAUCACUGAUUGCAAAUUUCAUAUGAAC